AUAUGUCUGUUCACUUUCAAAUUGGUUUUUCAAUACAAACCCUAGAAUUCUACCCGUGAAUACAAACAACCCUGCCGCUUCACUUCCAAAUUGAGUUUCUCAAUGUAAAUUCAUCUCAUCAUCAAUGUCAUUUCUUCAAUUUUUCAGGCAUUUCAUGAUAUCAGGAAUGAAGGGGGCUGGACUAAAAGAUUUGACUCAGUUCUUGAUAGAGCAGGGAUUUGUCUUUCUACUUCUACUAGGCGAGGCGCGGAAUUAAUUAUUGUUUAAAUAUUUUGGAGCAGGGAUUGUCAAACAUAUGAUUAUUUAUAGAUUUUUUAAAACAUUAUUUGUUAUUGUUUUUAUGUGUUUAGAUGCUUGAUAGUCAGGUUACAACUGCACAACAUUUGGAAAGGGAAAAGGCUUAUGAUGUUAUAUGUUAUGAUACAUUGUAAACAUGAUACUUUUAUGUUGCAAUUUGCUGAUACUGGUUUUUUUAUGUGUUUGUUUUUUUGAAAGAAAAAAAAAGACUGCAUCUCUGUUGAAGAUACCCUUUCUGGAUGAAGAACCUUCCGGCAACUCUUUCCCUCUAAAGAUGGGUCUUCCACUUUGCAUGUUUACUUCAACUCUCUUUUUUGGUUCUCUAUAUGCCUACCGAAACUCGAAACUACACGAUACUACUUAUGAGGUUACUUUUGUUGCAUUUGCAACAAAUUUAUAUCUCCACAAGGAUCUCUCAUUCAUUGUAAAAUUAUGGCCAUUUGUAAUCUAUUCGGCUCCACCAGGACAAUAUAAGAAAGCAAAAUCAUUAUAUGCAAAUAUAGUUAGUGGUGUAACUAUUAUUAUUAUUAUUAGUCAGGAAGCAUACAAUAUGUAUGUUGUAGGUGAUGUAUUUUGAAUGCUUUUCAUAAGUAAGAA